AUGGUUCCAGUCAUCGCAGUACAUGGAUCAUGUCAUGAAGUACGGAGAGGACUUCUGGUUGCAAAGAACAAAUUCAAUGCCAAUGAGCAAUCGAAAGGAGACAAAAGGUACCCGGCAAAAAUAAUUGGUGACUUAGUUUGUGAAGUGCGAACUAGUCACGCCUUGUUCUUAAUGUGUGUCGCGAAGUCAUUUGCCACCUCAUAUCUUCAAGCUUGGAGGUGA